AUGGCCGCCAAGGCCUUCAAGGCCCUGAUCCUCGGCCCGCCCGGCGGCGGCAAGGGCACGCUAUCCAAGCGGCUCGUGCGGGACUUUGGAUUUUGCCACUUUUCGGCGGGCGACGCGUUGCGGGCCGAGAUAGCAGCGGGCUCGGCCAUCGGAAACAAAGCGAAGGACUACAUCGGCCGCGGCGCGCUCGUGCCCGACGAAUUGGUGACGGAUCUCGUGCUGGGACAGCUCGAGAAUCUGAAGAAUGAGCCGCGGUGGCUCUUGGAUGGGUUCCCUAGGCAUGCCGCGCAGGCCGUAGCUUUGGAUGCGAAGCACGACGUGGACCUUGUGUUAGAUCUAGACAUCCCCGAGGCCGAGAUCCUGAGCCGGCUGGGCGGCCGCCGCGUGCACGUCGCGUCCGGUCGUUCGUAUCAUGUCGAGUGGAACCCGCCGAAGCGAGAAGGUAUCGAUGAUGAGACCGGAGAACCUCUGGUAAUAAGGCCCGACGACACGGAGGAGGCCAUCAAAAAACGCCUGCAGCAGUACCACGACCUCGCGAAGCCGCUCAUAGCACACUAUGGGGAGAAGGUCGCGACCUUCGCCGGGACGGAGUCGGACGUGA